AUUAUUUUAUAGUGUAUUUUAGUUUAUUUUUUGCUAUAUUUUAUAAUGUAUAAUAACCACCCAAAAAUCAACUUAUAAAGUUGAAUUUGGGGGUUAAAAUCCAAAGUUAAAAUCACAAAAAAACAGUUAUAAGAUCUUCACGCUGGGGUGUCUCCAAAGCUGGGCCACGAGCCGGUCCUUACGGUUGGCUCUACCGCCAUCUGCUGGACUUCAGUUUAUCUAGACCACUAGACGAAAAAAUAAAAAUAAAGAGAAGAAACACCAUACACCCCUGGUGGUCACUAAACACAACUUCAUUAAAUCGGAGUGAAUUCCAUCACAGUGUGUUUUUGUAGUUCAUGGUGUAAAAAGUUUAUAUAAAUACACGGCAACAGCGUGUUUUUUCAGCGAAGUUACAGUCACAAAAACACGGAUGUGUUCGACGGACAAACACGGAGCUCUACGGUCGAACAAACGGCCUUCAAACAAAAAUAUUUUCGUCCUCCUGGUGAGUCGUGAUUAAUGGUAUUUUUCCAGGUAUCCUGGUGGAACCGCUCCAGCUUCGACGCAGCACUUAUGACGUCACAUCGGGCCUACAGUAAAAAACAGAAUCACUCCGUGAACCUUGUGCCCCUCCAGGGGAAGUUGUCGUAGAGUUAAAAACAAUGUGGCACACAAACCCCCCCCCUCCCCCUCCUGGUCUAAAAACACUUGUGCUCAGCCAUUGUCCGACCGGUCACAGAGCUCCGUUUCCACACUUUGUUUGUUCACUUUUCCUCAGUGAUAAGACGUUGGCAGCACACCUCACUGCAGGUUUAUAUACAACGUGGACUGUAGUGGAAAAGUGAGAGUGGAAAACAGGCUGCUCCUGCCACCUCCUCCUCCUCCUCCUCCUCCUGACUGAGGAGAAAACUGGGAAACCACCACAGUCUGAGCUGUGAUCCUGAUGAACCUCAGCUAUGGUCAAUAUAGAAGAAAGGUAGGAAGUCUGUGCUGUUGAACUGUUGUCCACUAGAUGGCACUAGUGUAUGGCGCCUCGCUGCUCGUUGUUGUCUUUAUUGAGCGCCAACAAAGUUCACUUUAACAUGAAUAAUAAAACUGUCUGUUUUUUAUCUCAGUUGAUACAACGAGGAGAGGUUUGGGUUUAUUUAUGAACAUUUGGUUUUUUUAUAUCAUACCGUAUUUGAAAACUGAAGUUUCCUUAAACUGUCUGUGAGGUUGUUUUUUUUUGUUUUUGUUUUUUUUUACCCCGGGGCAGUUCUUGGAUCGAUGUCAUGUUUUAUCAUGAUGUCUGUUUAUUGAUUCCCACAGAUUCAGUCGGGAUUUCCAACCAUCGAGUCCUUAAAUGCACCUUGACAAAGUGUUUCUAACAAGAGUCGGAGUCAGUGGGUGGUCCUUGAAGGCAGCACCAGACUUUGUACUGCCUGUUUUCACACAGCGGCAGCAGCAGCAGCAGCAGCAGCUGGUUGGUUGGUUGGUCGGUUGUUUGGUCGGUGUGGGAUUGGUGGAAGUUCUCCAAAGACCUUGAACUAAAUUACUUUCUUAAGUCUCCAUCCUCUUCACACCGCUGUGGUUUACGGGCCGUGAAGGCAGCAUUUGUUGUUGCUGCUUUUUUUCUCUCUCUCUGAAUCUUUCUGUGUAUUUUUGUCGGAGUUUUUUUAUGUGACACCUGGGACCCAGACAUGGCUGAGGUCCCGACACAGACGGCUGACAUCGACCCGGACUUUGAGCCUCUUUCCCGCCCGCGGUCGUGCACUUGGCCCCUGCCGCGGCCGGAGCUCCUGGACCCCGCCGGCUCUAACACGUCCUCCCCGGCGCCGUCGGUGCAGCAGGAGCUCGGAGGAAACGCCGAGUUCAUCAGUAACCUGGGCUUGUUGGAGGAGGACUACGAGGAGUAUGAGGAGCAGAAACAACCCGUGCAUCUUCAUCACAACCAUCGCCACCAUCAUCACCAUCACCUCCAGCAGCAGCAGCAGGUCCCUGGUCUGCAGCAGCAGCAGCAGGCGCCGCCGGCCGCCGGCACAACGCGCCCCGCCUCUCCGCGCUGUGGGGUGGCCGCCAGAGGGAAGGCCGCCCCCGGCCCCUCAUCCCGCCGUAACGCCUGGGGGAACAUGUCGUACGCAGACCUGAUCACCAAAGCCAUCGAGAGCUCCCCGGAGAAGAGGCUGACUCUGUCCCAGAUCUACGACUGGAUGGUGAAGAGCGUGCCGUACUUCAAGGAUAAAGGCGACACCAACAGCUCUGCAGGCUGGAAGAACUCCAUCAGACACAACCUGUCCCUGCACAGCCGCUUCAUUCGCAUUCAGAAUGAAGGAACGGGAAAAAGUUCCUGGUGGAUGUUGAACCCUGAAGGAGGGAAGAACGGAAAGUCCCCGCGACGCAGAGCCGCCUCCAUGGACAACAACAGCAAACUGGCCAAGAGCAGAGGAAGAGCCACGAAGAAGAAGAUGGCCCUGCAGGGGGAGGCAGAGGGAGGAGGGGGGAGUCCUGGUUCCCUCUACUCCAAGUGGCUGGGGAGUCCAAACUCUCUCAGUAACGAGGACUUUGAGUCCUGGAACUCUUUUAGGACACGCACCAGCUCGGACGCCAGCACUCUCAGCGGUCACCGUUCACCCUUCCCUCCGGAGCAGGAUGACCUGGGGGAGCCAGAAGGUCACAUGAUGUACCCCGGGGCAGCGGGGGCCAAGAUAACCUCCACCCUGCCCAGUCUGUCUGAGAUGGGCGGGUCUCUGGGCCAGGAUGAGUCGGAGAUCGUCAUGGGAACUCUGUUGGAUAAUCUGGACCUGCUGUCGCCCAAGAACCCCAAGGUGGCGUCUGACUCCCCCAGCAUGCUUCAGAGCGCCCCCUACAGCACAGCCACCUUACCCCCACUGUCGCAGCAGGAUUAUCGUAAAUGCAUGUACGGCCAAGUGGGCAUGGAGCCCCGCCCCCCUGCCCCCAUGCAGACACUUCAAGAAACCAAGGUGGGCUUCGGGGUCUACGAAAACCAAUAUGUCUGCCCUCAGGGACUCCUCAAGGAGCUGCUGAGCGCGGAGGCCGAUGGCAGCAGGGACAUGAUGCCCUGCAGGAACGCACUGGUGCCUCAGGUGGGGAGGGGAGGGUGUCUGAUGCCCACCUACAGCAGGCAGAGUCACGUCGGCGGGGGGGUGAAGAUGAUGAACCUCCCACACCCACUCACUGUCCUCAACCAAGGACCUUCGACCUCCAGGGACUUGAACAGCUGUAACAUGAUCCCACUGACGGGUCCUUCAGGGGCCCCUCCUGCAGUGACCGGCCCCAGGACCCGGGGUCAGCCUGCGCACACACACAUGAACUACGGCCGGAGCUACAGAGAACUGACGUCCGUCCACGCCCACGGUCACCACCACCAGGAGCGACUGCCCAGUGAUCUGGACAACAUGUCCAUCGAGAUGUUUGAAUGUGACAUGGAGUCCGUCCUCCACGACACCCUCAUGGACGGCGGGGCCUUGGACUUCAACUUUGACCCUGCAGCUGCCUCUCACGGGUUUCCCCAAAGGGUAAAAGGCAACUCUCACAGCUGGGUGUCAGGCUAGGACGGGCUGGGGUUGACACCAGGAUUGGUCAGAGUCUUCCUGUAGACCACCGACUGAAGACUGCUGACCCAGACCAGACGUCAACACCACCAACAUCAUUCACAGCAUUCUCCAGUUCAUUCUAAAUAUCUGGGGGUUGCACCUUUAUGUGGAACCGCAUCAUCCUUAAGAGACCAAUAGAAGUCACUGUGGCUCAAACGUUGGCGACGGGCCUGACUGUGAGUAUUUGAAGUAAAUGUAAAUAGUUUGGAUUGGAGUGGGUAUGAGAAUGGGACCCACCUGGAGGAUGAAGCAGAGUAUCAUCUGCAUAUUGAAUGAGUCCGACUGAAGUCAAGUCACUUCAAAAGAAAUGAUGUUCUAUUGUAGAAUUAUAUAUAUAUAUAUAUAUA